AUGGGCUACGUGGGCGUAAACUCGGCGAAGUCUUGCCCUGAAACUAACGUGCCCCCGGAUGUGGACCAUCCACCGUUUUACAUCCCAGUCAGAUCCAUUGCCGAUAGAUUCGCACUGUUGCAGGAGCUGGGAAACGGGAGCUUUGGAUCGGUGACCCUUGCAAAGAAAACCGCGGGGAGUGAAUGCAGACAUUGCGAGACCAACGCGUUACACGAGAAUCAGGCUGAAUUUCAGCACACGCGAUGUGCUUUGCAUCCACAGUAUCGCAACACGCUCAUGGAGGAGUCUAAAAUCCCCAACGUAGAAGAAGAAAACUUCCGCAACAAGCAGCGUGGUGUCUUGGCCAUCAAGACGAUGAUGACGCGUUUGCCAACUUUGAACGACUACACUAGGGUACGCGAAAUCAAGUUCAUCUUGUCGAUGCCAGCACACAAGAAUCUGGUGCACAUUUUCGAGCUUUUCAUCGACGACGCGAAUUACCAGCUCCAUAUCGUCAUGGAGUGCAUGGAGCAAAAUCUGUACCAGCUCAUGAGAGCACGUCGCAAGCGCAUCUUUUCGUUACCUUCUCUCAAGUCGAUACUGACCCAAUUACUGGCGGGAAUUCGUCACAUUCAUGAGCAUGACUUCUUCCACCGUGACUUGAAGCCCGAAAAUAUCUUGAUCUCGCCAGCUAACCAUUACUAUAGCAAGAAGUGGAUACUAGAUGGCCACUAUCCUGACAACUAUGUCGUCAAAAUUGCAGACUAUGGGUUGGCACGUCAUGUCGCUAAUAAGAGCCCCUACACCGCGUAUGUGUCGACCAGGUGGUACCGCUCUCCAGAAAUUCUGCUGAGAAAGGGAUCUUACUCUAGACCACUAGACAUAUGGGCAUUUGGAUGUGUGGUGGUCGAAGUGGCCACUUUCAGGCCAUUGUUCCCCGGAUCGGAUGAAAUGGACCAAAUCUGGAAAAUUCUGGAAGUACUGGGUACUCCUCAUAACAUGCCUGAAAACAGUUUAACAGGCUACAAGCCCCACGGUGGGUUUUGGGAAAAAGCUCGCCAGUUGGCCUCUAGGAUCCGGCUAAAGUUUCCCUAUGUUGAAGGUGUCAAGGUAGAAGCUAUAAUUGAUAAUCCACAUUUACAACUACUCUGUGAUGUAGUGAAAGCUUGUCUCGUAUGGGAUCCCAAAAAAAGAGCUACAGUAUCUGAAUUAUGUCGUAUGCCGUAUUUUGAAAACACAGAGGUGGCUAUUGAUGCCAGGUCGUGGAACGACGAGAACUCUGACCAAGUUGUAGAAAAUGGUUGGCAACGUGAUUGGGAAUCAAAAGUUUCACGCGUAAAAAGCUACAGCGACCCCCAAAACUCCGAGAUUUCGUCAUUAGCCCCUAAUAUCAUCGAUUUCAAUGGCGGCAACACAAAUAAUUCCAAAGAAGCACACUUAUCCAUUUCUCAAUUCUUGAAAGAGUCUGCAGAUUCGGGGCCCGAAACGGACUCGGCAGUUAGCAGUAGCAUUUGUCAUGAAGACAAAAUUGGUGAUCAUGAAAAUUUAUUGAGUGGUGACUUGGCUGGUAUGCCGCUGUCCGAAGUCUUGGAAAGCGAUUUACCUCUAUCUGACAGUCUGCCUGGGGAAUCAGGGCGGGUAGAGUCAAAUUCCACAGGUGGAAAUGACAGCUUCGCAGAUUACUAUGCUACCAAGUCCACCGACUACGAGGGCCCUAACCUAGGUGCGCCAACAGACGAUCUAGGUCCAAACUACAUCCACUACGAAGACGUAAUCGACCAGCAACUACACCCACGGUGCAAUGUGUUAAGAGAUAUGUCUAUUGUUUCCGAUUCAUCUGAUCAUGUACCGCGCUCUUUUGCGGUUCCUCGAAUCACAGAAACUAGUGAUACUUCUCUGCAAGAGCAUGAUAGCACUAACUUUUCGCAUGCGAAUAGCCUCACGUUUUGA